CUUGUCUCGGCCUUAGCCUCCUCAGAUCUCUCAAUUUCUCACAUAGAAGCCUUUGUUGUUGCAUUGAAAAUCACAUUCAAUAUCAGUCCGUUGAUUUCAAAUUUAUGGUGGGGUAGCGUACAGCUACUACUGAUGGUUUGCCUGCCAACAACAGAUCUCAUGCGGGAAGUCGCUAGGCUCCUUCAAGAACUAGACUUGGCUCUGCCGCAACUCAACGAAUUUUUUGAUCAUUUGGAUGCGAGCCACUCAGGAGCAAAGCGCUUCGAUACUCUCAUAAUCAAGCUGUAUACUCAGAUUGUCUGUUUCUGUGCGCGAAGUAUCAGAUUUUUUCGUCUGAUAUGGAUAUUAGGAAUUCUACUUCGACACAGCCGGCUAGAGUUUAGCAACCAGCAGGAGCGUUCAUUAGAGAUACUUCAACGGCUGUCUAAAGAAAUAGAGCAGGAACGAGACGCUAUUCAGUUGAAAAUUGGUAAAGUCGACGAAGAAGUCCUGUCGAUGAUGAUGACCAGGCAGCUUCUCGAAUCUCCUGGCACUGUAAAGCUACCUUGCUUCCACGCUCCCUUCACAAUUAAUGAGCGUUUUUACAAACGUGAGAACAUCAUUAGCCAGAUUGAAGCCUACCUCAAUCCGAAGACAAGUAGCACUCAGUUAAAGUCACUUUCAUUGUUUGGGCUGAGAGGCGUUGGGAAGACCCAAAUUGCUCUUCAGUAUACUUAUCAAUGUCGUCAUUUAUUCGAUGCAGUAAUUUGGAUCCCAGCAGACACGCACUUGACUAUGUCACAAAACUUUCUUGCAGUUGGCCAACAUCUGUCUUUAACACCGAAAGACACAAGAGUCCGCGAUCCAGCAGGUGUGAUGACGACCGUGAAAGCAUGGCUUAGUGAUACCCCUUGUCGUUGGCUACUGGUAUUCGAUAACGCCGAUGAUCUCGAUAUAUUCAAGUACGGAUGGCCUGGCGGGGUGAUGGGGUCUAUUUUGAUUACACCGAGAGAUUUCGCGGCCGGCCAUACAUUCGCGUCAACGGGAAUACACAUCAACACUUUCAAUGACGAAGAUGGGUCCAAAGCAAUCCUGUCUAUGACGAGACUUCCUAAAAAUAAUGCCAAUAAGCUCAUGGCGAAAGAGAUGAAUGCCAUUCUCGGCGGUCUUUCACUCGCGUUGAAUCAAAUGAGUGGAUUCAUAUUGAGCAGAAAGCUCUCACUUCAACAAUUCCUACCUUUGUACAAAAGAAAUAAGGAUGAUAUCGACGGAAGGAAGACUGCGGCUACUGGGGCCGGUGAUUAUAAUCACACUCUGGGAACUGUGUGGGAGGUUUCUCUGAGCAAACUAUCUGGGGAGGCAGCAAAAUUACAAAGACUUCUUGCAUUUCUGCAGCCUGAUGAAAUUAAUGAAGCGUUUCUUGUUUCAGGGGCCCAGGUCUUAGCAGAUACAGAUGAUAGUCACGCAUUAGCUUUCGUUGCUAGGGAGAUGAGUCUUCUAGACGCCGAGCAGAUUUUGAUGCAAGCGGCGUUAGUGGAGAAGUCUGAAAUCUCGCUUUGCCUUUCGGUUCAUCGCUUGGUCUAG